CAGGAAAAGCUCUGGUGUCAUCAUGAGUGGCAGGCUGGCACACGCUGAAUGAAGGAGCUGCAGGUACAAAUACCGGGAGCUGAGCGAGGAGCGCUCAUCGCCGGGGAGCGCGCUUGAAGGAUCCCGUCACCGAGAGCUUGGACAUGAGCAUGGCACUCACUCAUCUCGUCGGAAUCCUCUUCCUGAGCGGGCUGGUUCUGACCCAAGACAUGCCGUACGAUGAACUGGUGGCCCAGAUUCAAGGCUGCCCGAAAGAGUGCACCUGCCCCCCCAGCUUUCCUCGAGCUGUCUACUGCGACAACAAAGGGCUGAAGAGAAUCCCGAGCAUCCCGCCCUACACCUGGUACCUGUACUUGCAGAACAACCACAUCACCGGGGUCCCAGCUGAAGCCCUGCAAAACGCCACGCAACUGCGCUGGGUCAACCUGAACCGCAACAAGGUGACCAGCGAAGGAGUGGAGGCCGGGGUUAUCGGCGCUCUGUCCCACCUGGCGCACCUGUACAUGGAUGACAACCUGCUGUCCAGUGUGCCCUCCCCGCUGCCCGCCAGCCUGGAGCAGCUGCGCCUGUCCCGUAACCGCAUCUCUGAGAUCCCGGCUGGGGCCUUCGCAGGUCUGAAUAAGCUGAAUCUCCUGGACCUCCAGGGAAACAAGCUGAUGGAUGAAGAUGUGACCGAGGUGAGCCUGAAGGGGCUGAACAACCUGGUGCAAAUCAACCUGGCCAAGAACCAGCUGAGCAGCAUGCCUUUCGGGCUCCCGCCCAGCACCACGCAGCUCUUCCUGGACCACAACAACAUCAACAAGAUCCCGGCGGGCUACUUCAAAGGGCUGCCCAAGGUGGCCUUCCUCAGGCUCAACCACAACAAGCUCGGCAGCAGCGGCGUGCCGAAGAACGUGUUCAACGUCUCCAACAUGCUGGAUCUGCAGCUGUCCUACAACCAGCUGACCGAGGUGCCGCUGAUCCCCUCGGGUCUGGAGCACCUCUACCUGGACCAUAACAACAUCAAGAACGUGAACGGCUCCAACGUCUGCCCCUUCGACAUCGACACGGUGGACGACUCCAACGAGAGCACGCCUCGGUUACGCUACCUUCGACUGGACGGCAACGACAUCAAGCCUCCGAUCCCCCGGGACGUCAUCCUCUGCUUCCGCCUCCUGCGGUCCAUCGUCAUCUGAGGCGUGACGGAGGCUCACCUGCCUCAGCAGCGGCGCUAGAGCCUGAGCGCCGGAGACGCUGCUGCGCUGUUAGAGUAGAGAGUUUCCUGUUGUCACUUUGGUGCCUUGGAUCGCCACGGUGGAUCGUCCAAUGAGAUUUUUCUACGCUCAGAGCAGCCCAGCCGACGCAGUGUUUAUUGUUUGGAUCUUGUUUGUUUCAAAGCCAAAUGCUUCUUUAUGAGAUUCAUGUUGAUCAUCUCUGCAUCCUUCAGCAGUCGAGCUAAAUCAUUUUGCACCGAUGAGCUAGCAUUUUCUCAUCCUGUUCAUACAGCACGUUAGGAUUUCUGGUUCCUGCGAACCAAGAACCAUGCAAGAGAUUUUUUUUUAUUAUUAUUUAAUUACUGGUUGCAUCAUAACUGUACAUAAUGAAAUAAAAAAAAGUGCUAAAAGUG